AUGGACCAGAAUUGGCAUAAAAGUGAUGUCAGACAUAAGUUAAGUGCAGUCAUAAUCGAUGGCAACACCAUUUCAAUCGCCAAUAAAUCAAAGACAAUCGACUUUCGUUUAGCCAUUAGACAAGUUUGUGAUAACGGACUCAUUACGAGUCCAAUACCAAUAAGAAAUGGUUCCAACGAUAAUGUCUUUGUGGCCCUCUUUGACGACACGGACACUGACUUCGGGUUUGAUGUCAACAACCGAUCGGAUACUAAAAAUGUAAAAUUAUUUAUAACUUAUGGCAAAAUGUAUUCACUUAUUGUGAGGCAAAGCAUUCAAAAUGUGGUCAAAGUAUUGGAAGAUUGCGGACGAUAUCUGCGUUUCCUAACACCCAAUCGACCGAUCGGUCAAUCGUUGGCCGAUUUGUAUCCUUCGGGAGACGUGAACAACAACUGCGAGAUUCGGGUCAUAUGUUCGCGAAUGAAGUUUGCACUACAGGUCGACACAAAUCACGACUCAGCAGUUGUGACCACACCUGAAGAGGUAGAAGACGUGAAGUCUUCGCCCGAAAGGCAAGUCUUCAUCAAAGAAGAAGACGAGAAGAAAGUGUUGACUAAAGAAGAGAAGAAAGAGUUUAUUAAAUCCGAAGCGAAAGUGAAUAUUAAAGACGAGACAAAAGUCGAUAUCAAAGAAGAGAAGAAAGUGUUGAUUAAAGAAUGUAAAGAAGAGGACAACGAAAAGGUUUCCAAAGAAGAGAAUAAAGUGUUUAACGUUUCGUCUGUCGGCCAAGAAGUGGGCAAAAGAGGUGCCAUUGGUUUUGGCGUUAAGAGUAACCAAACCUUUAAUAAAUAUCACGGAUUUAUUGCCGACGAAGACUAUUAUAUGGAACCGUUUUUCAUUGAAUUCAGACUUAAAAAUAAUUGA